AGAAUAAGAAUAAUAGUAAGUACUUACAACAUGCAGCAUCACGACCACGAGAGAUCGCACUCUCUGCGCAGAUCACUAAUGAUAAAUGAAAGAUAACAGCCAGUUGACACUGAGGUACGUACAGGCACACUGAACAACAUAAAGAUGAGGUGCAUGAGUAGAUGAAGGUAUGAAGGGAUGUAGAAACUAUAAACAGUGUAAGAUGGAGUCGUUAAAUGAUGGUUAGCAUAACAGACAGUAUUGCCAGGAAGUAAAGACUAAAAAUUCAGGGACAGUAGUUUGUGAACAGCUAGGUAUGUUAUCAGUGUUUAAUGUAGCCUUGUAGUCCGAGUGACGAAUGUGAUGUGGAAGAGAGCAGCACAGAGGGAGGACGUCGAUCCGUUGUCCUAUGUGACUGUCUUUGUGGGAGGGAGGAAUGAAUGUUGGAGUGUAAUUAUGGUAGUGUACGACAGAUGGCACGCACACAGGGAAGGAACAGGCUGGCGGUGUGUGUGUGGGGGUAAUCACUGGCCGGGUGACAACCCCGUGACCGAGGGAGAGCGGGAAGGGGGUCGACUAGUGACAGGAUGCGCGGAUGUGUUUGCGGGGAGUGGAGGGUGAAGAGGCGAGGGGCAGAAUGUAAGGAGACAGCGCAGAGGUGAGAGCACAUUUCCAUAUAGAGCGCGAGAGUGCUGUGCCGUCUCACGCUACAUCGGCAGUGCCUGUGAUCUCCACCCCGGUAGUAACUGGAGACAACUGGCCGUUGGCAGUCCGCACCACGUGUUCUCCUACCUUCCCUCGCACGGACGAUACCAUUCGAUGCUAUCCGGACAGUAGACAUCGGGUGGAGACGCCAGUGGUCAGAACGUGAGAGGACAGCGCAGAUAUGAGAGCACGUGUCAUCGAGAGCGCGAGUGUGUGGGGUGGAGGUUUCGCCAUAGCCAGAACCCUCGACUGGAGUAAGUCGGACUGUGGCGAGUCACCGAUGCUUGGUUUCUGCGAGCGCGCAAUGAGAUUUCAUUGCCAACUCAAGUUGUGGCAAAUAGACAUACACAGCACCUACGGAUUUCCAAAUGUAUUUGGAUUUUUUGACGGGGCCCUAAUUCGAAUUCAGGCUCCAACUGAGCAAGAACAGGAAUUUGUCGCUCGCAAGGGAUACCAUGCCAUCAAUGUCCAAGUGUUCUGUGAUGCAGACCUUAUAUUUAUGAACUGCAUUGCCAAAUGGCCAGGAAGUGUACAUGACCCCUGCAUCCUGCGUGAAAAGUGACAUUUUUGAGUGAUUUGAAAAUAACGCCAGAAGACCUUUAAAUGGCAUAGUCUUGGGGGACAUCGGGUACAUGCAGAGGGAUUGGCUGUUCAAUCCUCAUCCCAAUCCUGUGACACAAGGAAAGGAAUUAUACCUACUGCCACUGUGGAGAGAGCCAUUGAUGUGUGAAACGAUGCUGGCACUGUCUUUGACUACAUCCAGCAAAAGCCUGUAAGGUAAUCACAGCAUGUGUGAUGUUACACAACCGUGGAUGUGCCAUGUGAUUCUGAAAGUGAGUCAGACUCUGAUUCCUCAGAAAACUAAUCAGAUUCAGAAGAGGAGGAGUAGAGACCUGCUGCCAGGAGGAUAACUGAGAGGGACGAGUUGCUGCUGGCAAAGAGGCUCGCCAGCUACUUAUUAAUAAUUUCUUCUUAAGGUUUGACAGAACUAGAGUAAAAUACUGGAGUAGUGCCUGUGUAGCGAGACAGUUUUUCCACCCAAGAAACUUUUUCCAAGUGAGGUAUGCGUCUUGUUGUAAGGACAGAACCGAACUCUCAGCGAGAGCCAAUGGUCUGAGGAUACUACAAAAUGAAAUUUAACAGUUGAGAAACACAUGAAACUUAUAGGUUCAAAUUAUUACAGCUUACAAAGAGAUGUGGAUAGCGGACUAUUUUCUUUUGAUAU